AUGCCAAAUAUUAUCUUGGGUCUUGUUUUAUUCAUCAUUUUUUCGACAUGUUCAUCAACUUUACUUUGGCGUAUUGAAACAACACCUCCAUCAUAUAUUUUCGGUACAAUUCAUAUUCCUUAUAAUCUUGUAUGGCCACAUAUAUCAAAUAAGACUCGCGAAGCAUUUUUCUCAAGUACUCAUUUUUAUGCAGAAAUUGAUGCUAAAGAUGAUAUGUAUUGGGAUGAUUUUUAUCAAUGUUUAUUGAAUAGAUCAAUACGAACACGACGAACAAAUCUACUAAUUACUCAAGAAGAUCUACUUGAUAUACAUUUAGCUGUAGAAGCUCGUCGUUUAAACAAGACUGUAGGAAGUUUAGAACCAGCUGAAUAUCAUUGUAUGAAAGAAGGUUGGCGUUAUAAUCUAACAACAUGGUAUCUUAUUUUAAAUCUUGUUAAAAAAGAAAUGAAAAAUCGGACAUAUAGUAUUAUUGAUGCAAAUGAUUAUUUUCAAGAUUUAACAAUAAAAAAAUAUAUUUGUGGAGAAAUGAAUAGGGAAUAUAUUCAAACUUUAUUUAAAUCAGCGGAUGAAAUUCAACAAAUGGAACAUCGCGAUGAACAAAUAUCAAACCAUAUUCAUACAUUAUUAGAUCCUCCGAAUAAUAAUCGAUACUUUUUUGGUAUUGGCGCUGCACAUAUGCUUGGUAAAUAUAAGAAUAUCUUGGUUCGAUUAAAAACAUUUGGAUAUAAAAUUACUCGACUUUGUACUAAUCGAAAAGGUAUUAGCAAAAAAUUCGGUUGUAAAAACAAUGGAAUCAUGAAACAUUGUAUUACGAGAAAAUCAUUAUUAAAUAAAAUAUCUUGA